GAUCUUUGGUGUCGAUGGUGUUGCAGAUCCAACGGAUCACCCGUGACUGUGACCAGUUGUCAAAGCUCACUCGAAUCAUUUCAAAUCCUGAAAACCCGCAAGUAAUUUAAAAGAUCAGGGAGUCUUCGACGAAAUACAUUUGUUGAAAACAGUAGCUUUCUUCAAUUAUUGUAAUAUUAUUAAGAAUAAAAAUGGGCUCAGACUACGCGCACAGAAAAUGGUGUCACUUGCGAAAGGUUUUGGAAAGAUCCGGGCCGUUUUGCAGGCCCGACUUUGAACCCUCGCCGAACACUUUACAGUUUUUAAGCGAAAAUUGCAAGUUAUUAGUUAUCGGAGCAGGAGGAUUAGGCUGCGAACUUCUCAAAGAUUUGGCGUUGAUGGGAUUCGGACAGAUUCAUUUAAUCGAUAUGGAUACUAUUGAACUUUCCAACCUCAAUAGGCAGUUUUUGUUCCGUCAGAAAGAUAUCGGCGCCUCAAAGGCUGAGAUUGCAGCAAAAUUUAUAAACACACGAAUACCCGGGUGCCAUGUCACACCUCACUUUUGUAAAAUACAAGACAAAGAUGAGGCGUUCUAUCGACAAUUUCACAUCGUAAUCUCAGGCCUGGACUCUAUUGUUGCCAGACGAUGGAUUAACGGCAUGUUGAUAUCUCUGUUAAAUUACGAAGAUGGAGAAUUGGAUCAGUCUAGUGUCAUUCCAAUGAUAGAUGGAGGUACGGAAGGAUUUAAAGGAAAUGCCAGGGUGAUUUUGCCUGGCCUGACUGCCUGUAUCGAGUGUACAUUAGAUCUUUAUCCUCCACAGGUUACAUAUCCGCUCUGCACAAUAGCAAACACACCACGUUUACCCGAACACUGCAUAGAGUACGUAAAAGUAAUGCAAUGGCCAAAAGAAAACCCAUUUGAUUGCCCUAUCGACGGGGAUGAUCCGCAGCAUAUAAAUUGGAUCUAUGAAAAAUCAAACGAAAGGGCUGUUCAAUUCAGUAUUCAAGGCCUGACGUAUAGACUAGUUCAAGGUGUUGUUAAAAAUAUUAUUCCCGCCGUUGCAUCUACCAAUGCAGUUAUUGCUGCGUCAUGUAGUACAGAAGUAUUCAAACUAGCAACCAGUUGUUGUUCAUCGCUGAACAAUUACAUGGUAUUGAACGAUUUGGACGGUAUUUACACUUAUACAUAUGAAGCUGAGAAGAAGGAAGAUUGUCUAGCUUGCAGCCAGAUCCCAAGAGAAAUACAAAUAAGCAAUUCGACACUGAAGCUGAAAGAUUUGCUAGCAAUUUUAUGCGAGAGGGUUGAUCUGCAGAUGAAAAAUCCUGGUAUAACUGCAAAUGUCAAUGGAAAAAACAAAACUCUUUACAUGCAAACAGUAGCUAGUAUCGAGGAGAAGACUAGAGAAAAUUUGAACAGAUCCCUUGUUGAAUUGGGUUUAAGAAAUGGAUCUGAAAUAAUGGUGGCUGACAGUACAACGCCAAAUACAGUUGUAAUGAAACUAAAAUUCUCAACUAGUACUACAGAUAUAGACAUGCUAUAGCUCUCAUCAGAUAGCUUUUGUGCACAUGAUAAUCAUGUGAUAGGAGAAAUAUUAUCUAUACAUUGAAUCCUAAAAUAUUUAUAUGUAAAUUGAUUAAAAACCUUAAAUUUUUGUAAAAAAUGAAAAAAGAAAUCACAUUACACUUAGAUUGCAGAGUAAUUUUUGUUUACACUUACCAGAUACCAGAUAUACGCGUAUGUAUAUAUACCUAUAUAUUUUUUGUCUAAAUUUAUAAAAUACUUUUAUGGCACCCAUUUUUGAUAGAUGUUUGAAAAAUGAAAGAAAAAUUAAAGGUAAUAAGUACAAAUACGGUUCUAAAUUGUUGUAUUUUUAUCCUCACCCCGGUUUAGAGGUGGUAGAUUUGUAGCAAACUUAUCACCAACAAGUAAUACAGAAUAAAAAUGAUUGUUAAUAAAAGUUAAUAAUAGGUGUAAAUUGCUUGAUUUAUGAUUCAUUAUCUUUAGUAUUCUUACUGUCAACAGCAUGUUCGGUGUUUACGAUUGAAAAUUUUUUGUUUCUACACGAAAAUGAAAAAUGACCAUAUACAAUAAUUGCUUGGUCAGGUAAAAUACGCAUCUAGCAAAACCUAUAUACUUUCAUUCAUUUGGAUCAAUAUCCACUUGUCAUAUUAUUUUAUUUUAUUCCGCUCAUCACCAGGUUUGUUUGUUACUUUUUGUCUAUUGUAGAAUUUUUUGUAUUUUUUUUUUUUGUUUGCUUGCCAUACGGGCGAACCGCACUGUCCUUCCUGCACUUAACAUUUCCCAUCUCAUUCCAUUCAUCCACUAGAUUUGGUUGUACGAAAAAAAAAAAAAAGUACAGACAUGAUCAAACUCACUGCACAGUUUAUUGAUGGCAAUUGACAAGAUCCAUCGAUAAAUUAGUGAUGAAAAUUUCUAUUUCACUGGGCAAUUCUUCCUGGCAACAUUCUAGUGUCGAAGUACAAGAGAUUCGGCUUUAAAAAAGUAGGAUGUUUUUUUUUUUUUUAUAGAUUACUAAUAGUAGUAAAAUUUAUUUGUGAGUCAAAUUAUCGAAUAGUUAAACGUGUGGCCUGUAAUUGUUAGUAACGAAUUUUUGUAAUUUUCCUUGAGAAGCAAAACUAAAAAAGUUUUCAAAUGACAGGUAUUGCAGGUUUCCGCAUCCCUUCAAGCAUAAAUGUGACAAAGAUCCAUAGUUAUGAAUACAGAAUGGCUUCAAGUUCAAUUUGUAGUCAGAUGAAGUAACUUUUUUUUCAACGUCUUCAAAUUACGGCUCUAAGCAUGUUAAAGAAUAAACCAAAAUUAGAAAUGACAAGCUGACCACAUGA